AUGGACCCAUCAGGUGACGAGUCGCGCCUGCGGCGAGGAGCAGGCUGCUGUGGUAGUGAGGGGAAUGGCAAGCCUGCGGCAUGGGGGGCCAGCCUUGGGAAGGCACUGGAGUCGGCGAACGCAGGGGAGCCAUCUGGAGCAUCAGCAGCUGCUGACCCAGGUGGCGGGCCCUGUCAAGGACAGUAA